AUGAACUCAAAUACUCAAGAACAAAUAAGCUCUAGUACUUCUGAUGCUAUUCCACCUUAUGAAGCUUUCUUGAGAGAUUUCUUGGUAGAUCUAUACAAAGAACAAGGUUAUGAUGCUGCUUGCUAUGCAUUUAAUGACUUCUUGAACUUUCGUGAAGAAUACGAUGGGAUCUAUACAUAUCAUCUUGGAGACCAGGAAGUAACUAGAGAAGUUCUGGUAGAAUUCCUGAUGGGAGAUGUAGAAAGGCGUGCUACAGAAGCCUUUAAUGCCAAUCUUAUCAUUCUACCUGAUGAUGAAGAUGAUCAAGGAUUACCCUUGGCGGUUAUCGAAGACCAGCUUCAAGAUGAACCUAUACAAGAAAUAGAAAAUAAAGAUAUUCUAGAACAAGCUAACAAUGAGCAAAACGAAAUUGAACAGUCGUGGGCAAUCGGAGAAGAAUACAUCAAAAGAAUGAUACUGGAAGAAAAGAUCAAGGAACUAUACAAAAAGUACAAGGGUAUACCAAGAGAAUAUGCAAGACUGAGCCAGCUUAAGCAAGAAUUGGCUCAAUAAUUCGCAAACGACGUAGUUGUAUGGUCCCACUCAAAGUUUCGCAAACCUUCAAAUGCUAGACUUAGCGUCAGGAUGUACACCGCUGCUCGUCACUUACAUUUAAAGGACUUCGUACCAAAUUAUACAAUGUACCGCGCAUUAAUCAAAAACUUGAAAGAAAAAG